UUCCAAAACGCCCCCCACUUUUUUCUGUGCCGAUUUGAAUAUUAAAUAAAUAUCAUAUAUUCGGGCAAGAAUACGCUUUUUUGAAUACAAGGACGGAUCCAAUGACAGGAAUAUAAUGUCCUCUCCUCUCCGGUCCUGUGAGGAAGACGAGGGCAUGGUGGUUAAUUCCGAGGGAGGAGAUUUUGAUGAAGAAGACGACGACGGAGACCUAGACGAGAACGCAAGCGACAUAAACUCGCCGGCGGCGCCUCGGGAAACUGCAACACCAGCCGCGCCAGAAGAGGCAGAGAUAUCAGACAGAGAGGUCCCGUGCAGGAAGAAAGGGAGACCGAAGAAAAAGAAGGACACAAAGAAGAAGGACAAAGAGGGGAAACCUGUCAAAGCAAAAAAACGCAAGAAGAUUGACAGUGAUGUAGACAGAGACUCGGACAGAGAAAGAGACUACGGCGAGAACUCCGACAGUGUAGCCAGUGACUAUGGAUCUGGUGAGAAAAAGAAAAAGAAGAAACAUAAAGAAAGGAAAGAGAAGAAAACCAAGAAGAAGAAAAAAGAUGACGGGGAUUCUUCUCAGCAACCAAUAGAGCAGAAGACCUCGGCCCAGCUGGCAAAUGAGUGGGGUCUGGAGGAUGUUGAUCAUACCUUCACAGAGGAAGACUACAGGGAACUCACCAACUACAAAGCCUUCAGCCAGUUCAUGCGGCCGAUGAUAGCCAAGAAGAACCCUAAGAUCCCCAUGUCAAAGAUGAUGACCAUCCUUGGGGCCAAGUGGAGGGAGUUCAGCUCGAACAACCCCUUCAAGGGCAACGCCGCUGCUGUUGCGGCGGCUGCCGCAGCUGCCGCCAUCGCCGUCGCCGAGCAGGUCUCUGCAGCGACCGCCUCGCCUGAGCCCCCGCCACAGCCGCCACCAAUCAGAAAGGCCAAGACGAAAGAGGGCAAAGGCCCCGGCUAUAAGAAGCGCAGUAAAAGUCCUCGAGUCCCAGACAAGAAAAAGGCUCUAGCAAAGGCUAAAAAGAUGGCACCUAUUCGUAUCAAACUAUCACCCAUAGGUGCCAAGAGGAAGAAGAGUUGCUCAGUGAGUAUAAAGUUUAUAAGUGAAGAUAUGGACGAGGAUGAGUCGGAGCAGGAGGACUCCAGCGUUCACAGCUCCUCGGUUCGCUCUGACAGCUCUGGCCGUGUCAAGAAGAACAAGCGAGGACGGCCUGCCAAGAAGAAGAAGAAAAUCAUCUCCUGCCCACCUCCAGUCCCAGGUGAAGAGGAAGGGGACGGUUAUGAGACGGAUCAUCAGGACUACUGCGAGGUGUGUCAGCAGGGCGGCGAGAUCAUCCUGUGUGACACUUGUCCCAGAGCUUACCACCUCGUCUGCCUCGAGCCCGAGCUGGACAAGGCCCCCGAGGGCAAAUGGAGCUGUCCGCACUGCGAAAAAGAGGGAAUCCAGUGGGAAGCAAAGGACGAGGACUUUGAGGAUUUUGAGGAGGACAGCGAGGACAGAGUCAUAGCAGAGGAGGAUGACGACCACAUGGAGUUCUGUCGGGUGUGUAAAGACGGAGGUGAACUGUUGUGUUGCGACACCUGCACCUCGUCCUACCACAUCCACUGUCUAAACCCACCGCUGCCAGAGAUCCCCAACGGAGAGUGGCUGUGUCCGCGAUGCACGUGUCCGCCAAUCAAAGGUCGCGUCCAGAAGAUCCUCCACUGGCGGUGGGGAGAACCUCCGCCUCCCAUUCCCGUCCCCCCUGCCCCCGACGCCCCACCUGACGCCCCACUACCACCACCCAUGAAGGGCCGAGCCGAGAGGGAGUUCUUUGUCAAGUUGGUUGGACAGUCCUACUGGCACUGCACGUGGAUCACUGAGCUCCAGCUGGAGAUCUUCCACUCAGUGAUGUAUAGAAACUACCAGAGGAAGACGGACAUGGACGAGCCUCCCAGUCUGGAUUAUGGCUCGGGAGGAGAGGACGAGAACGGAGUGGGAAAGAGCGAAAAGAGGAGGGCCAAGGAUCCCCAGUACGCCAUCCUGGAGGACAAGUACUACAAAUAUGGCAUCAAACCUGAGUGGAUGAUGAUCCACCGAAUCAUCAACCACAGUGUGGACAAGAAGGGGAUGUACCACUACCUGGUCAAGUGGAGAGACCUGACCUACGACCAGUGCACCUGGGAGAGAGACGACCUGGAGAUCCCAGAUUUUGCAAUUUACAAGGGGAACUACUGGAGACACAGAGAUGCAAUAAUGAAGGAAGAUCCAGACAAACCCAGGAGGAUUAGGAGCAAGAACCAGGAGGGUGAAGAGGAGUCUCCUGCCUCACCGGUUACUGACCCUACAAUAAAAUACGAGGAGCAGCCAGACUUUGUCACAUCGACAGGCGGGACGCUGCAUCUGUACCAGCUGGAGGGUCUGAACUGGCUGCGGUUCUCCUGGGCUCAGGGCACAGACACCAUCCUAGCAGAUGAGAUGGGCCUGGGCAAGACCAUCCAGACCAUCGUCUUCCUCUACUCACUUUUCAAAGAGGGUCACACUAAGGGCCCGUUCCUGGUCAGCGCUCCUCUCUCCACCAUCAUCAACUGGGAGAGGGAGUUUGAGAUGUGGGCGCCUGACUUCUACGUGGUGACGUACACGGGGGACAAGGACAGUCGAGCUAUCAUCAGAGAGAACGAGUUCUCCUUCGACGACACCGCUGUCAAAGGAGGAAAGAAGGCUUUUAAACUGAGGAGGGAGGCUCCUAUUAAAUUCCACGUGCUGCUGACUUCCUAUGAGUUGGUGACCAUCGACCAGACGGCGCUCAAGUCCAUCGACUGGGCCUGUCUGGUGGUGGACGAGGCUCACCGCCUUAAAAACAACCAGUCCAAGUUUUUCAGGCGUCUGAAUGACUAUAAGAUCGACCACAAGCUGCUGCUGACAGGAACUCCUCUUCAGAACAACCUGGAGGAGCUGUUUCACCUGCUCAACUUCCUCACACCCAACCGCUUCAAUAACCUUGAGGGCUUCCUGGAAGAGUUCGCCGACAUCUCCAAGGAGGACCAGAUCAAGAAGCUCCACGACCUGCUGGGGCCUCACAUGCUGCGGAGGCUGAAGGCCGACGUCUUCAAGAACAUGCCCGCCAAGACCGAGCUGAUUGUCAGAGUGGAGCUGAGCCCUAUGCAGAAGAAAUACUACAAGCUGAUUUUGACCAAGAACUUUGAGGCUCUGAACUCAAAAGGCGGAGGAAACCAGGUCUCCCUGCUCAACAUCAUGAUGGACUUAAAGAAGUGCUGCAACCACCCCUACCUCUUCCCUGUUGCCUCCAUGGAAGCCCAAAAAACACCCAGCGGUGCUUACGAGGGGUCGGCCCUCACUAAGGCUUCUGGGAAACUGAUGCUGUUGCAAAAGAUGCUGAGGAAACUGAAAGAGCAGGGGCACCGAGUGCUGGUCUUCUCACAGAUGACUAAAAUGCUGGACUUAUUAGAAGAUUUCCUGGACUAUGAAGGUUAUAAGUAUGAGAGAAUCGAUGGAGGCAUCACAGGAGCGCUGAGACAAGAGGCCAUUGACCGCUUCAAUGCUCCCGGUGCUUGUCAGUUUUGUUUCUUGCUCUCCACCAGAGCAGGAGGUUUGGGGAUCAACUUGGCCACAGCGGACACCGUCGUCAUCUUCGACUCUGACUGGAACCCUCACAACGACAUACAGGCCUUUAGUCGAGCCCACCGAAUCGGGCAGGCCAACAAGGUGAUGAUCUACCGCUUUGUGACCCGAGCCAGCGUGGAGGAGCGUAUCACCCAGGUGGCCAAGAGGAAGAUGAUGCUGACCCACCUGGUGGUCCGGCCGGGGCUGGGAUCCAAGGCCGGCUCCAUGACCAAACAGGAACUCGACGACAUCCUCAAGUUCGGUACAGAAGAGCUCUUCAAGGACGAGAUAGAAGGUGAGAACGUUGAGGACGAGGGCAACGUGAUCCACUACGACAGCGUCGCCAUUGAGAGGCUGCUGGACCGAAGCCAAGACGCCACGGACGACUCGGACGUCCAGAACAUGAACGAGUACCUCAGCUCCUUCAAAGUGGCCCAGUACAUGGUCCGAGAGGAGGAUAAGAUCGAGGAGAUCGAGCGGGAGAUCAUCAAACAGGAGGAGAACGUGGAUCCGGAUUAUUGGGAGAAACUGUUGCGGCAUCACUACGAGCAGCAACAGGAAGACCUCGCGAGCAAACUGGGUAAAGGCAAGAGGAACCGCAAGCCUGUGAACUACAACGACGCUGCGCAGGAAGACCAAGAUAACCAGUCCGAGUAUUCAGUGGGCUCCGAGGAGGAGGACGAGGACUUUGACGAUCGACCAGAAGGUCGAAGGCAGUCACGUCGCCAGUUGAGGAAUGAGAAGGAUAAACCUCUGCCUCCUCUUCUGGCCAGAGUUGGAGGCAACCUUGAGGUGCUGGGCUUUAACACACGCCAGCGAAAGGCUUUCCUGAACGCAGUAAUGCGCUGGGGGAUGCCGUCUCAGGACGCUUUCUCCUCUCAGUGGCUGGUGAGAGACCUCAGGGGCAAGACUGAAAAGGAAUUCAAAGCCUACGUGUCUCUCUUUAUGCGUCACUUGUGCGAGCCGGUGGCUGAUGGCGCCGAGACGUUCGCAGACGGCGUCCCGAGGGAGGGCUUGUGUCGCCAGCCGGUCCUCACUCGAAUCGGCGUCAUGUCCCUCGUCAAGAAGAAGAUUCAGGAGUUUGAGCACAUCAAUGGGCGGUGGAGUCUUCCAGAGCUCAAGCCUGAGGUCAAUGUUGACAAAUCCUCCUCCAGGGCCUCCUCUCCUGCGGUGAAGACCGCCACGCCCACCCCAGACGCCAGCUAUAAUAACACACCGUGCACCUCCAAGCCAGGAGAUCCUGCUCCAUCAGACAAGCUCGAAAAGAACGGAAAAGAGGGAGAGAAGGAGGAGGACAAAGAGGAAGGUGAGGCCCCGUCGGAGAAAGAGAAAGGGAAGGAGAAAGAGAAGGAUGAGGGGAAAGAGGUGGACAGCAACAAAACUGGAGACCCUGAAGAGCUCUCCUCCUCGACAAAAGAGACACAGCAAAGUGCGUCUCCUGGUCAAAAAGCCGAAGGCAAGGAAGAGAGCGACCUGAAAGAGGUGGAGAAGAAAGAAACGACUGAUGCUCCAGCUGCAGGGCAGGAGAGCAAAGAGGAGACAAAGCAAACGUCAAAGCAAGAGUUCAAAGAAGAGAAAUCAGAAGGAGAGAAGGCGGGGGAGGAGAGGGAAAAAGACAAAGAAAAGCGUGACGAGACACCCGCAGCAACGGAAGCGACAGAUGCCAAGGAUAAGCCCGAGGCGGCUGACGUGAAGAAAGAGGAGGUCAAAGGUGAAAAAGAUGCUGGAAAAGAAGUCAAAGCAGCUAAGGAGGAGGCGCCUAAGGGUAACGGGAAGCCUCCGACUGAGCGACCUCGCUUCAUGUUCAAUAUCGCAGAUGGUGGCUUCACUGAGCUGCACACUCUUUGGCAGAACGAGGAGCGGGCUGCCAUCUCCUCGGGGAAGAUGAACGAGAUCUGGCACCGCCGACACGAUUUCUGGCUGCUGGCGGGAAUUGUGAUUCACGGCUACGCCAGGUGGCAGGACAUCCAGAACGAUCCCCAGUUCGCCAUCGUCAAUGAGCCUUUCAAGUCGCAGGCGAAUAAAGGCAACUUCCUGGAGAUGAAGAACAAGUUCCUGGCUCGACGCUUUAAGCUGUUGGAGCAGGCGCUAGUGAUCGAGGAGCAGCUGCGGCGGGCGGCCUACCUGAACAUGACCCAGGACCCCACCCACCCUGCCAUGGCGCUGAAUGCACGCUUUGCAGAGGUGGAGUGCCUGGCGGAGUCACACCAGCACCUCAGCAAGGAGUCGCUGGCGGGCAACAAGCCAGCCAACGCUGUCCUGCACAAAGUGUUGAACCAGUUGGAGGAGCUGCUGAGCGACAUGAAGGCCGACGUGACGCGGCUACCGGCCACGCUGUCCAGAGUCCCGCCCAUCGCCGCACGCCUGCAAAUGUCCGAGAGGAGCAUCCUCAGCCGGCUGGCCAGCAAGGGCACUGAGACGCACACACCCCCGCCCAUACCUCCAGGACCCUACGCCACCCCUCAGAACUAUGGAGCCCCCUUCACCCCUGCCCCCCCAAGCGCCCUACACAUGGGAGGGGCCAACUACAGUCAGAUGCCACCGGGAUCCUUCAUAUCAGUGCUUAACGGGCCUCCCAUGUCUGUAAAGAAGGAGCGGGAAGUGGAGAUGCUACUCCACCGGCGGGAGCAGCGCAGCGGAGAGGUCAUCUGUAUCGACGACUAG